ACGCGAAGCAUUUUGACAGAUGAAUAAAUACAAAUCGAUUCGAACAAAACGCCGAUAGGAAUUUAAUAUUACAACACAACUAGACUAUUAAAAAAUUGAUCUCGAUAACACUCGAAAACCUACGAUAUGAAUGCACCACCUACUUUCGAGUCAUUUCUUCUGUAUGAAGGAGAAAAAAAAAUCAUCAAGGAAUUGGAUACCAAAGUUCCGAACGCCGCAAUUUUCACAGUGAACAAAGAAGAUCAUACACUCGGCAAUAUGAUCCGAAAUCAACUGCUGAAAGAUCCAAAUGUUCUCUUCGCCGGCUACAAACUCCCGCAUCCGCUGGAACACAAAUUCGUCAUCCGAAUACAGACAACAUCCGAUUACUCCCCGCAGGAAGCGUUCAUGAAUGCCAUCACCGAUCUACUAUCCGAACUGUCGCUAUUUGAGGAACGCUUCAAAGAAGCCUACAAAGAGAAGAAAGAAGGAGGCGACUAAUCAGGAAGGACGAUUACGGUGUUUCUCAACAUUUUCUCUCGAGACAGGAAGUCAUUCGUUUUAUUUGACGGUGUUUUAAUAUUCUAUCUAACGUGUAUCAAAUAGUGUCUACAGUGUGAAAUAAAUAAGCUCUAAGCGAUUCUAAGCUGCUAAUAGAA